AUGCCAACCGGAAAGGGAAGUAAGCUAUUGCGGUACGUCGAGCACCGUCUCCGCGUAACACUUCACGAUGGAAGGUCAAUUGUGGGAACCUUUCUUGCGUUUGACAAGCACCUAAAUCUCGUCUUAUCCGAAGCCGAAGAAUUCCGUACGUUGAAAUCCAAAGGUGGCGCCGCUCUGCUGGAAGAACGAACGGAAAAACGCAGUUUGGGCUUGGUCCUUAUUCGCGGAGAAAACGUCGUUAGUUUAGCCGUCGAAGGCCCACCGCCACCGUCAACAAUGGGAAAACUGACACCGGGCGGUCCCGGUAUGGCUCGGGGUGCCGGACGCGGUGUACCUUCCAUGGCCCCACCCGGGGCUCCGCCGGUAGGGCUGGGUGCGGCGCCAAUUCACGGGAUUGGUGGUGCCGGAGGAACAUUUCCGCCACCGCCACCCCCACCACCGGGCGCGGGUAUGCCACCGCCUGGAAUGGGACGAGGUAUGCCACCGCCCCGAUACUGA